GCCCUUACGGCUUUCCGUAGCCUGUCCCUCCUUUCCUGACGCAGGCGAAGCGCAGCGGCGGCGGUUCCUGGCAGGUACAGACGGGUCCGGUCCAGCGAGAUGGCGGCGCAGAAGAUCAACGAGGCGCUUGAGCACGUCGCCAAGGCGGAGAAAUACCUGAAAACUGGAUUCUUAAAGUGGAAACCAGAUUAUGAUAGUGCAGCUACUGAAUAUGGAAAGGCAGGUGUUGCUUUUAAGAAUGCCAAACAGUUUGACCAGGCAAAGGACGCCUAUUUGAGGGAAGCUGAAGCACAUGCAAAUAAUAGAGCUCUCUUCCAUGCUGCCAAAGCUUAUGAACAAGCUGGCAUGAUGUUAAAGGAGAUGCAAAAACUUCCUGAAGCAGUUCAGCUGAUUGAGAAGGCCAGUAUGAUGUACCUGGAGAAUGGAACACCUGACACAGCAGCUAUUGCACUGGAACGGGCUGGAAAGCUAAUAGAAAGUAUGAACCCAGAAAAGGCUGUACAACUCUAUCAGCAGACAGCGUCAGUGUUCGAAAAUGAAGAACGUUUACGGCAGGCUGUAGAAUUACUAGGGAAAGCCUCAAGACUUUUAGUCAGAGGACGAAGAUUAGAUGAGGCUGCGUUGUCUAUUCAGAAGGAAAAAAGUAUUUAUAAAGAAGUUGAAAAUUAUCCAACAUGUUAUAAGAAAACUAUUGCUCAAGUCUUAGUUCAUCUCCAUAGACAUGACUAUGUUGCUGCAGAAAGAUGUGUCAGGGAAAGUUACAGUAUACCGGGAUUCAAUGGAAGUGAAGAUUGUGCAGCACUAGAACAGCUUCUAGAAGGAUAUGACAACCAGGACCAGGAUCAGGUUUCUGAUGUCUGUAACUCACCACUUUUCAAGUACAUGGACAAUGAUUAUGCCAAGCUUGCUCUUAGUUUGGCGGUCCCAGGAGGGGGAACUAAGAAGAAAUCACCAGUUACUGCACAGGACAAAGCAGGAGGACCGGCUGCAGUUGGCUCCCAUGCUGAGGAGGAAGAUGAUGAAUAUUCUGGUGGACUAUGCUAGUUGUAAACAUGUUUAAUGUUAAAUAAUAUCAGACUUGCUGUUUAUGGAUGUUGAGCAUAUCCAAAGGUACCAGAAUUACCAGCGCUUCAUUGCAAUCAUGAUAUUGGAAUGCUAAUAUAGACUUGACAGCUUUUGGGUACUAUUACAAAAAAGCAUGAUAGCCCACCACUUGUUGAAGCAUUUCCGGAUUCCAUUCCGUACAUGGUAAGAACUUCCUGAGUGCACUACCUUCCUCUGAUUGAAAUAUUUGAGUAAUAUUGUCUCUUCUCUAAAAGCACAUGGGUUAAAAGAAACUAAAUCAGAUUGGGGAGAAGUAUUGAAACAACUAGUUUCAAAUCAUUGGAUUCUAGAAUAUUUUGACUGGUUCUUCUGGUUCCCUAUAACAUGUUUGUGAUUUCUUUCCACUUUGGCAGUUUUAAAGGUUAUUCAUCUUGGUGUAGUUUUUAGCACAUUGAAUAUCUGAAUAAAGAAGACUAACUCUUUACCAGAUCAGAUUUUUACACAAGUUUAAGCCUCUUAGGUGUCAACCAUUCCAUUUAUUCUGAAAACAUUUUUAACCUGUAGAGGGAUUUGUUUUAAAUGCCUUAUUUUUAUAAGCAUUAUCCAGGAGUGUAAAAGGGUGUGGAAAAUACUAAGACAACUGAUAUGAAGCCAUCUUGCAAGUUUCUUCAGAUAGCCCCAUUAUUUUCCCAUAGGUAUCUUUCAUCUAAAGAAACAAUAUUCUCAAUAGCUCUUUGGUGUUACAUUUGCAUGCAGAUUGAGAUGCUGUUUGUAAUGUACAUAUUGCAAAGGAGAAAGGAGCCAACCAUAA